GUACUGAAUGAAAAACAUGUUACGGAGAGGUAGGUGCUUCACAGGAAAGCAGGGCUGUCACAUGGUGAGAGGCUGUGGUCUCUCCUUUUCUAUUAAAUAAGAAUUUCAGCUGCAAUCUUACCUGGAACCGGGAGGAAGCCCUUGCAAACUCAAUGAGGCUUAUAUCUGAGUAGGCAUGUAUAGGAUUGUACUCGUUGUAUGGACAAGGAACCAUUUUUACCCUAGAGAAUAACCAGCUCCAGAAUUUGCUUGUCUUCCACCCUCGCUUCUAUGCUUUCUGGUUUUCUGCCAAUCUGUCUAUGACUGAAAGGAGAGAGAGCCUUCUUUAAAUACGCUGAAAAUAACUGUCUAAAAGCCUUGCCUUUUAUUCUCUUUGUUUCAGUUGUGAACCGCUUAGCAGUACUGGUUUCGUUUAGUUUCUGGUUUGGAUCCAAGGUAAUAGGGAGAGCUACGUUGCAGCUCCUUGAAAAAUCGACUUGGAAUUCUAUUUUUUGAAUUCGGGUUCUGUUUGAUAUCCUUUGGAUCAGGAAAGCUUACUCCCUUCUAGGGUGCUCCUUGCAGAGUGACAUAUGUUUGGCUUUCUUCUCCUGGCGGUAUCUCUUGUUUAUCAGGUGAAGUAAGCUUUGCCUCAAAGAACACACCACAAUAAAUCAGGUUAAUCUUUAAGGUGCAGCAGGACUCACUCCCUGCCAGUGGCAUGGUUGUCCCAGGUGAAAAAUUGUUAGGGGGCACACAAUUUCAACACCCGGUGCUGCCUCAACACAGCUGUGUGCUUCUGUGACUGGACUCCACUGAAAACAGCUUCUCCAUGCAAACCAGGAAGUGACGUAUCCAGACAAUGGAACAACUCUUCUUUUCUCAUCUCUGCAGCUGCAAUCUCCUGGGUGACGCGGGUGCAGUUGGGCAGUUGAAUGUGCAUGCGUGCUCUGUCGGUUUCCCUCUCUCCCACCCACCUCCUCUGCGCAGCCCUGGGCCCUGGCAACCUACGCUACGCCACUGCUCCCUGCACCCUUCCACUAUGUUGUUUUCUAAAAAGCGGGAGAGCACUUGGCUCCCAGCUGGAAUGUGAGGAACAUUAUAAGGCAAACAGUUUGGGGAUGAAAAUGGGGCUGGGAGGAGCAGAGGGACUAUUCCCCAAAAGAGUUACCUUUAUUGCCAGUGUGGUGUAGUGGUUAAGAGCGGUAGACUCGUAAUCUGGGGAACCGGGUUCACGUCUCCGCUCCUCCACAUGCAGCUGCUGGGUGACCUUGGGCUAGUCACAAUUCUGAGAAGUCUCUCAGCUCCACUCACCUCACAGAGUGUUUGUUGUGGGGGAGGAAGGGAAAGGAGAAUGUUAGCCGCUUUGAGACUCCUUCGGGUAGUGAUAAAGCGGUAUAUCAAAUCCAAACUCUUCUUCUUCUUCUUCUCCCUGCUCACUUCCUCUUUGUUUCAGAACUAUUUCAGCCCACAUCACACUUAUUCUUCCUUCCAAAAUGAUAACCUAUCCAGAAUCAUGUUGGGAACGGUAAAGAUGUGACAAAGCGGAAGGGCUGUAGCCCAGUUGUUAAGGCAUCUGGUCUGCAUGCAAAAGGUCACAGGUUCAAAUCCUGGCAUCCCCGGGUAAGGCAGGGAGACACCCUCUCUGAAACCCUAGAAAGCACCUUCCAGUCAGUGCAGGCAAUACUGAAUCUACAUAAUCCUGCUUCCUAGGUUCCUAAUGCCUAACAGCCAACCAAAUUUGGCAUAUUGCACACACACCCCUCUCCAAAGGCACACUUGCAAUUGUAUUCCUCGUUUAACAAGGUACACACUAAGUCUCUCUAAUAUAUGAAGGAAUAAUAACAUGAAUUCCAAGGUUCCUUAGCAAGUCCGUGUGAUAGUAGCUGUUUAAGCAAUUAAUCUGACAGGGCAAUUUUAUGCAUGUUUACUGAGAUGUCCCACUGUGUACAAUGAGCUUACUUCCAGGAAACAAUACACAGAAUUAUAGGCCUAGAUCCUUUGUUCCGUUCUCAUUGCUUUCUCCUGAAUCUUACUGUAUUCUUUAUUGCGUUCUUGUUUUUUACUUCCUAAACUAAUGUUUUUGAACAGAGAAAAAAGACUCCCAAGCAUUUCUGAUGGAGGAUCACACGACCAGCGCUUUAAAAAGAAACAACAUGUACUCGUCUAACACUGGCAGCUGACUCCAGCAGAUAAGAUACGCAGGGCUCACCCCCAGUCUUCAAAGGACACACCCUGUUGAGGCCAUCCUAAGAUGGAUAGCCCCGCCCUAACCAUCUGCAGGGCUCGAGCCUCUGUUUUGCAACACACGGCAGUCUCCAGGGAGACUGAGAUCAUCGCGAAGCAAACGAAAACGAAUGUUGUGCUGGUUUUGUUAGCUAGUUUUCGGUUGACCCAGCAAAGCACCCUCCAAAGUCAGAGAGGUGGUUAUGAAGACUGCAGUUCCCAAGUUUUUAACCCUCCUUGUACUCACUGCCAUCCAUUACAAAGGCAGUCCGGGAAUGUACCCCGCUUCCAAUUAACUCGGAUUGAUCUCAAAUGGAUCAGACUUGCACUCCAAAUCUAAAUGUGGUCCACUAGGUCUGAAGUCAUGUCUGCAACGCAAUUUACAACUUAGUGCAUUGUUUGCUGUUGUGAUGGUUAUUCAAAGCCGAUAACAUUUUCAGGAAAAGAGCAGGUAGAAAUAGAAAAUGAAAAAGAAUCAGAACAGGGUCCCCCUCAAAAAAGAGAAACCCCCAUGUUUGAUUGAUGGCCAAAUAACAUCAAAAGUUUGUGAUACAAUCACUGUAUUUAUUAUAAGUAAUUUUCUCCUUAUUGGCCAGGUCUCCAUUCUACCAUUGCAUAGAAGAGAAUUCAAAGUUCCAACAUCUAAUUGAUUUACAUCUAGAAGUAGGAGGAAGUCCUCAAAAUUCAUUUUUUUAUAAUUCUCCAAAUAUAGUAAUUAUUCGUCUUCUGCUAAAUAAUGCAGCUACAGAGAUGGGUUGGGUACAUUCCAGGCUGUACUGCCAAUUCAGACAGAACAAGAUUAAGUUGUCAGUAGGGAUGGAGGACAAAUUUGAUUUGGUACACAGUUAAAGCCAGCUCUAACUAAUUCACACUUUCCUAAACAAAAAGUGAACCAAAACACAGCCAUCCUCAUAGCUGUCAAGUGUCCCUUAUUUGAAGGGACAGUCCCUUAUUCCAGCGCCAUGUCCCGCUGCUGUCCCUUAUUGAUGGAUGUCCCUUAAAUGUCCCUUAAAUGAUGUCCCUUAAAUUUCAAAGGAAGCAGCUCCUCUCCCUCCCUCCCUCCCUCCCUGCUGGCCAGGUAGGAGGGAGGCUCCAACUGUGUUGCUCACCCAAUAAGAAGUCUAAGAACGACUGGGGGGUGGAGCUUGCAUGCCUUGUGUGUGGCUAGUUAAUGCAAGCUGAGGAGGUUUUUGAAUGCUGGACGCCAUUUUGUUGCACAUGCUGCUGCAAACUUUGCAGUGCAAAGCCAGGCCGGGGAGCCAUCUUAAGUUGAGGCUGCAUAGGCCUUGUGGUGCAUGUGAUUCAGAUUCUAUUUAGUUGAACCUCUGGUUACAAAAUUGGUUGGACAGUGUUCUCGAAGCUACCAGCAUGAGUUUGACCAGACUCCAGGAGGACAGGAAGACUGGAGUGCCUGGAACAGGUGAGGCAGCAGGUCCCUUAUUUUGGCUGCUGGUCCCUUAUUUUCAAAUCUGUAAGUUGAUACAGCUAUGGCCAUCCUUUGAAAUUGGCACUUGUCUGAAUUUUGUGAUGCAGCUUUCCAACCAAUGGUUAUCAAAAUGCACAUACAGUCGUACCUUGGUUCUCGAAUGGAAUCCAUUCCGGAAGUCCGUUCGACUUCCGAAAACAUUCGAAAACCAAGGUAUGGCUUCCAAUUGGCUGCAGAAGCUUCCUGCACUCAAUCAGAAGCCAUCAGAUGUUCAGAUGGCAUCAGAUGGCAUUUGGGAGCCAAAACGUUCGAGUCACAAGGCAUCCGAGAACCAAGGUACGAGUGUAUUAGGCAAAACUGUGGAUAAAAAUGCAUAUAUUAGUUAAAAUAACAUGCGAAAUAUAUUAUAGGGGGAAUUGCUUGCAAAAAUGUGUACAUUAGUCCAAACUGCAUUUAAAAAUGGGUUUAUUAGGAGAUAUUCGCACUAAAAUGCUGAUUUAUUUUUUUAAUUUUAAAAAAUCAUCACCAAGGACUGAAUUUCAGAUUGGAAAAAUGAGAGCCAAAAUCGACAUAUCCGUCCAUCCCUGCAUAGGAGUCCUUUGAGUUCUCCUUGGGUCGUGACGAGGAUCAGCUGAGGUUUCACAUCUGUUUUCAAAGCGGAGGGAGAAAAUCCAACGUGAUAAACUAUCUCCAGGCACUGGAAUAAAAGUAGUUCUGUGGUCACUGAGGACAAAGUUUUU